GUCGAUCGGUCGGUCUGCUCACAGGCACCACAGGUCGGAGCGCAUGGCCCUAGAUGGAGAGGAGGCGAUACAACAGGGAGGAGGAGGGACGAGGGACCGGGAGCGGGGAGAAACGAGAGAGAAGGGGAAGUGCUGCCGCGGCCGAAGGCGGAGGGCGCCCGAGAGAGCACGGGAGCCUCCCGAGGAGAGAGCGCGGCACGAGCAGGCCAGAGGACGAACGGUGCGAACAGCCAGUGGCCGACACGGCAGACGGCCGCUCUCGGCCGGAAGGGCUCUCGGCCAGCUCCUCGGUGGUGACGCCGCUGGUGAGGGCGCGCGGAAGGGGCGAGGGAAGGAGCAGAGAGGGAAAAGCAGGAAAGCCUCACCGGGAUGGAGGAGGAGGGGGGAAGAAGGCGGAUCGGCGGCGGGAGCUGGCGUUGAGCAGGGCCCAUCAAUUGACCGGCCGCCGCGCCCGGCUCCGCUGGGGCGCGUCGGGUAGACCCUGGAUAAAGAGAGGGGCCUCGCGCGGCGCGCGCGCGCGGGCGGCUCUGGCUCGGCCGAGCUUCCAAGGGGGGCAGCACGGAGCCACAGGGGAUCGGUGGAACGAUACUGAGUCCCAGUGGCUCUGCACCCCCCGAAAGAAACAGCAGCGGCGGCGAUCCUCAAGCUCCUGGCUGGGUUCGCCCAGUGCUGGGCCUCAGCCGCCGCUGCGGGCGGAGGCGGCGAGGCUCGCGGACGCGCCCGCGGCGGUGUCUGGAGACGGCGACCACGGCGGCGCUCGCGUGCUCGCCGAGUCGGGGCUCCGGCGAGCGGGCGCGGGCUUUGCCUCGUCGGGUCUCAGCGGGUUCAGCAGCGGCUGGCGCGCCAGCUCGGCGACGGCCAUGGCUGCCGCCUUCUCGCCCCGCCCGGCCGCCUGAACCAACUCGUCAAUGCGCUGACCCAGGCGCUGGUCCGUGAGCCACAGCUGCUCGUCCAGGGCGGAGAUGUCGCUCUGGCUGCUCUUCGCCAGCGCCCUCGUCUCGGCGCGGAGCUCCGCCGACAGGCGCUUCUGCAGGGAGCCGAGCUCGCCCUCCACGAACGAGGCGAAGCGCUGCCGCAGGCCCUCCACCUCGCCCUGCAGGGCGGAGUGGUUCCUGUCCGCCUGCCUCCGCAGAUCCUCGUGCCCCUCGCGCACGCGGAGCUCCAGCGCCUCGCGGCCGGCCACGGCGGCGGCGAUCUCCGCCUGCUGCCGCUCCAGCUCCGAGGCCAGGCGCCCGCACUGGUGCCGCGCCUCGCGCCGGACAUCCUCGGCCUGGCCGCGGCCCUCCUCGGCGGCCCGCCGCCCGGCGUCGACGCGCUCCUCCAGCUGCUGCAGCAGGUGCGCCAGCUCCUCCAGCUCGCGCCGCGCGCUGCCGAUGUCCUUCGUGGCGGCCGACUGCAGGGCGUCCAGCCGCUUCGCCAGCGCCUGCGCGGUCGCGGCCAGCUCCUGCAGGGUGGCCUCCAGCCCGUCGCGCGCCGCGGUCGCGGCCGAGGCCUCCCGCGCCGCGGCCUCGGCCCACCGCUCGGCCUCCUCCGCCCGGCACGCGGCGGACUGGAGCGCCGCCCCGACGCGGCCCUGCAGGUCCUGCUGCCACGCGAGCUCGUCCUCCUGGCGCGCCCUCGCGGCGCGCCGCGCCUCCUCGGCCGCCUCGGCGUGCCAGCCGCCCAGGCUGCCCUCCAGCCGCUGCACCGCGGCGCCCAGCUCGCCCAGCUCCCGGCGCAUGGCGGCCAGCGGGGUGCAGGCCUCCGCCAGCUCCUCGAGCUCCUGGCGGAGCCUGGCGGCGCUGUCGCUCUGGAGCCGCUGCAGCUCGGAGAUGCCCGCGCGGUGCCUGGCGGUGUCGUCGGCCUGCCGGCCCUGCAGCUCCUCCACGGCCGCGGCCUGCACCCGCAGCCUGGCCUCCAAGCCCUCGGCGUCCUGCCCCACCGUGCGCUGCAGCUCCUCCACGGUGGCCACCACGCGCUCCAGCGCGAGCGCCGAGUCCUGCCCGCCUCCCGCGCGCAGGGCGUCCACCGCCGCCGCGAGGCGCGCGUGGCCGUCCGCCAGGCCUGCCAGCUGGUCGCCCUGCUGCCGAAGCGCCGCCUCCAGCUGGCGGCGGCCCUGCUCCACCUGCUGCACCGCCACGGCCACGGCCGCGCUCGCCUCGCGGCGGCCCUGCUGCGCCAGGGCGCUCCCGGUCUGGCGGCUGGCCUGCUCGACCCGGUUGUCCACCAGGCACUCGAUCCAAGCGCGCAGCGCCGGAGUAUCGUACAGGCGUCCGCAACUGGCACGCCAGGCGGCGUCACGAUGGCCGUUGGCGUGGACUGGUCGCUCACGACGAUCGUCUGCUCCCCCCGCAGCGGCGACGCGGGCGGCGCCCCCGCGACGGAGCGCCCCAGGGCAUCGACGCGGCACGGAGGCUGCCUCGCCAUGGGCUCGGUGCACCAGGCCGGCUGCAUCUUCGGAAGCUAUGCUCCAGAGCGUGAUCCGAAACGGCU